AUGGCCACACCAACGACUAUCAAAAUUUUAGGUCGCGAUAGCAUAGUUGCUGACUUUGGCAUUUGGAAACGCCAUGUUGCACGCGAUUUGCUUACCGACUGCCCCUCCUCUACCUAUAUCCUUAUCUCCGACACCACUCUGACCCCGUUGUAUGUCCCCGACUUCCAGCAGGCAUUCGAUGCCGCAGCGUCGAAUAUUACGCCAAAACCCCGCUUGCUUACCUAUGCCAUCCCGCCUGGAGAGCCUUCGAAGUCUCGUCAGACAAAAGCUGAAAUUGAAGACUGGAUGCUGUGCUGCAAGCCACCAUGCGGUCGCGACACAGUUAUCAUCGCUCUUGGUGGAGGAGUCAUAGGAGAUUUAAUUGGAUACGUUGCGGCCACUUACAUGCGUGGUGUUCGCUUUGUACAAGUGCCCACGACGUUGCUAGCUAUGGUUGACUCCUCUAUUGGCGGCAAGACUGCUAUUGAUACCCCAAAUGGAAAGAAUUUGAUAGGUGCUAUCUGGCAACCCCACAAAAUCUACUUGGAUAUGGAAUUUCUUAAUACCCUACCUGAGAGGGAGUUUAUCAACGGCAUGGCUGAAGUAAUCAAGACUGCCGCCAUAUCCAGUGAACAAGAAUUUUCUGCCCUUGAAAAGAAUGCAGCUUGCAUUCUUUCGGCUGUCAAAUCAGAGAACACUUCUGAUCGCCCACGGUUUGGCGGUAUUCAGGAGAUUCUGAAAGCUACAAUUUUGGCUUCUGCAAGAUUCAAGGCUGACGUCGUGUCAAAAGACGAAAGGGAAGGCGGAUUGCGAAACUUACUCAACUUUGGCCAUUCGAUUGGCCACGCUAUUGAAGGUAUCCUCGCGCCACAGAUUCUUCAUGGAGAAUGUGUGGCUGUGGGCAUGGUCAAAGAAGUAGAGCUCGCCCGGCAUCUUGGCCUAUUAAAAAACGUUGCAGUGGCGCGUCUUACAAAAUGUUUGGCAAAUUACGGACUUCCAACAUCGUUGAAGGAUUCGCGAAUCAGAAAGCUCAGUGCUGGGAAACACUGCAGUGUCGAGGAACUUCUUGCAUUCAUGGCCGUGGAUAAGAAGAAUGCUGGUCCGAUUAAAAAAGUAGUUCUUUUAUCCAGCAUCGGCCGCACUCAUGAGCAAAAAGCAAGCGAAGUGUCGAACGAAGAUAUUAGAAUUGCACUUGCGCCUAGCAUAGAAGUCUUCCCUGGUAUCCCAAGCUCCCUAAAUGUCACUUGCACCCCACCAGGAUCAAAAAGCAUUUCUAACCGGGCACUUAUUCUUGCUGCUCUUGGCUCAGGAACAUGUCGCAUUAAGAACUUACUACAUUCAGACGACACGGAGGUUAUGCUGAACGCGCUCGAACGCCUCGGCGCUGCAACCUUUGCUUGGGAGGAGGAAGGUGAAGUGCUUGUCGUUCAUGGGAAAGGAGGCAAGCUGCAAGCAAGUCCAAAAGAUCUUUAUCUAGGGAAUGCCGGUACGGCAUCCAGGUUCCUCACCACUGUCGCAACUCUUGCACAGAAUAACAGUAUUGACUCUACUGUUCUUACUGGAAAUUCCCGAAUGAAGCAAAGGCCAAUUGGACCCCUUGUUGAUUCACUUAGGCAAAAUGGUGCUGGCAUUGAGUACAUGGAAACUGAAGGCUGCCUCCCACUGAAAAUAGAUGCAUCUGGAGGGAUCGCUGGAGGACAAAUCAGCCUAGCAGCUAAAAUAUCCUCUCAAUAUGUCUCCUCCCUGUUGAUGUGUGCACCCUAUGCAAAAGAGCCAAUGACUCUGAAGUUAGUGGGUGGAAAGCCAAUAUCACAGCCAUACAUUGAUAUGACAACUGCUAUGAUGCGAUCGUUUGGUAUCGACGUAAAAAGGUCGACUACAGAAGAACAUACCUACCAUAUCCCUCAGGGCAAGUAUAUCAAUCCAGCAGAAUACACAAUCGAAAGCGAUGCUAGUUCCGCAACCUACCCUUUGGCAACUGCCGCUAUCACAGGUACUACUUGCACAAUUCCAAACAUCGGAUCGAAAUCCUUACAAGGAGAUGCGCGGUUUGCAGUGGAUAUACUCCUACCCAUGGGAUGUGAGGUUAAGCAAUCCGACUAUUCGACUACCGUUACCGGGCCAAAAGGUGGUAUCUUGAAACCACUGCAUAAUGUAGAUAUGGAACCAAUGACAGAUGCUUUCUUAACUGCAUCUGUUCUUGCUGCUGUAGCUACAGGCGGUUCGAAUCGCACAACCAGAAUUUUUGGCAUUGCAAACCAACGCGUCAAAGAAUGCAACCGAAUUAGAGCGAUGAAAGAUGAACUAGCCAAAUUUGGGGUGACCUGCCGAGAACAUGAUGACGGCCUUGAGAUUGAUGGGGUUGAUCGCUCUACUUUGUCACAGCCUCCACAUGGCGUACAUUGUUACGAUGACCAUCGCGUAGCAAUGAGCUUUAGUGUUCUUUCGCUAGUAGCACCUCAGCCUACAAUCUUGCUCGAGAAAGAAUGCGUAGGAAAAACUUGGCCUGGAUGGUGGGAUACUUUGGCUGGUACGUUCAAAACGAAGCUAGAGGGUAUCGAGCUUCGAAAGCCUGAAUCCAGAAAAGAUGCAGUGCCUGCAGCAUCUAUUUUUGUUAUUGGCAUGCGAGGAGCUGGCAAAACUACAAGUGGCCUCCGGGCUUCUCGAGUUUUAAAAAGGACGUUCAUGGAUCUUGAUGCAGAACUUGAGAGCACGGAAGGCAAGGAAAUUCCGGAUAUCAUUAAAGAGCGAGGCUGGGAUGGAUUUCGGGAGGCUGAACUUGCUCUUCUACGGCGUGUGAUGCAUGAUAAACCGACGGGAUACGUCUUUGCUUGCGGUGGCGGAAUUGUUGAAACAGAAGCAGCCCGAGAGCUUCUGGUCCAGUACCAUAAAAAUAAGGGAUGCGUUGUUUUGGUGAUGCGCAACAUUCAAGAGGUCAUGAAUUAUCUUGAAAUAGAUCAGACACGGCCAGCUUACGCUGAAGAUAUGAUGGGAGUGUGGCUUCGUCGAAAACCCUGGUACCAACAAUGUAGCAACUAUCAAUAUCACAGCCAGCAUGCUGGGCCAGAUAGGGUUGGCUUCGCUCGAGAUGGCUUUUCGCGCUUCUUAAAGCUCGUGACUGGAGAGAUCGACCACCUGGCCCUCAUGAAGCACAGGAAACAAUCGUUUUUUGUUUCAUUAACGAUGCCUGAUUUGCGACCUUCGGCGGAUAUAUUAUGCGAUGUUAGUCUUGGAUCGGACGCUGUCGAGUUGCGAGUGGACUUGCUUGUGGAUCCAUCAAGUAGUAAUGAGAUCCCAUCUGUGGACUUCGUUGCCGAGCAAAUAUCUAUCCUCCGAGGUCGCGUAGCUGUACCUAUUGUGUUUACAAUCAGGACCAAGAGUCAAGGCGGGCGCUUCCCAGAUGAUGCAUACGACGUCGCUCUAGAGUUAUAUCGCCUUGCUGUGCGAAUGGGUUCUGAGUUUAUCGAUCUUGAGAUUACACUUCCAGAGCAUAUUCUUCAAUCCGUAACGGAGAUUAAAGGAUUUUCCAAGAUUAUUGCAUCUCACCAUGACGUUGGCUGUAACCUAUCUUGGGCAAAUGGCUCUUGGAUUCGCUUCUACAACAAAGCCUUACAAUAUGGAGAUAUAAUCAAGCUGGUUGGAAUUGCUAAAACACUUGACGAUAAUAUGGCACUUAGGCAGUUCAAGACAUGGGCCCAGGCGUCACACGAUAUCCCUGUCAUCGCAAUCAAUAUGGGCGACAAGGGUCGCCUCAGUCGUAUCUUAAAUGGCUUUAUGACCCCUGUAUCUCAUCCGAAACUCCCAUUCAAGGCUGCACCUGGUCAACUCUCCGCCAAAGAAAUAAGAGAGGGGUUGUCUUUGAUGGGUGAAAUCGAGUCAAAACAGUUUGCUGUUUUCGGGUCACCGGUCUCUGCGUCCAGGUCCCCCGCAAUGCACAAUGCGUUAUUCUCGGGGGUUGGUCUACCUCAUGUCUAUGGGCGCCUAGAAACUGAAAAUGUGAACGCUGUCAAAGACUUCAUUUACGCACCUGAUUUUGGAGGUGCUUCAGUCACGAUACCUCUCAAGCUUGAUAUCAUGCCUUUACUUGAUGGGAUUGCACCCGAAGCUCGAAUCAUUGGGGCGGUCAAUACGAUCGUUCCUAUUCCACGAGAGCCAGGUGAUGAAAAUGAACAAGCAAGACUUGUCGGCUACAACACUGAUUGGCAGGGUAUGGUCCGGUGCCUUCUUGAUGCCGGAGCUAUCUCUCCUUCGGGUACAGAUUUCCCCGCCUCCGGUGUUGUAAUCGGCAGCGGUGGUACUGCUCGUGCAGCUAUACAUGCUCUUUACAGCAUGGGAUAUUCACCACUUUAUUUUAUCGGUCGCUCAGAGUCCAAGCUCGCCGACAUAGCAUCAUCCUUCCCGCCGGAGUACAACAUCCAAACUAUUAAUGAUAUAAAAAAGGUAAAACUACUUCCGAGCGUGGCAAUCGGCACGAUCCCAGGAGACCGCCCGAUUGAUUCUGGCAUGAGAGAACUUUUGUGCGAGCUUUUCGAUGCUGUUUCCUCUGUUGACGAGGAAACCUUGGCAAAGGGGGAGACACCGAUUCAGAGAACACUAUUGGAAAUGGCCUAUAAGCCUUCUAUGACACCACUGAGACAACUAGCUAACGACAGGUGUUGGGUUACCAUUCCCGGUCUGGAAGCGUUAGUUGCUCAGGGUGUUUAUCAAUUCGAACUUUGGACCGGGAUAACGCCCGUUUAUGGAGACGCUAGAGCCGCAGUAAUGGGCUCAGCAGCGUUAGACAAGAGUAGCUUGUAG